UCUCCCAUAGACCUCUCGAGCUUGUCACAGUACUCUCUCUCUCUCUCUCUCUCUCUCUCUCUCUCUCUCUCUCUCUCUCUCGCCUUGUGCCCUUUUCAAAGUUUUUCUUCUUCGAGGCUUCAACGUAAGCUCACGGCAAUUACCAGAACUCGCGCGCGCGCAUUCUAGGUGGCAUUCGAAGCUCGGUAAUCAAGAACUAUAUUCAAGAAUGGUGAUGUUCAACUUGAGGCAAAGAUCUUGAAGAAUUAGCUCGAAUGCGUUAAACUGGAUCCAUGGAAGAUGGAGGCUCGAAGGGCACUUCUUCGCCAUUUCUAGACAGUUUCAACUGCUGGCGGAAUCGAGGUCGUAAAAGAAACGGAAGCUUGAAUCAGCUGGUUUAUAUACUGCUUUGGUUUUUCUUGGAGCGUUCAUAUAAAUAGCAAGAACGCACUUCGAUUCUUUUGCCAAUCCCAAUUCGAAGAAAAAGUAAAGCAUUUUACCUGUUCAGCUUGUUAUAUCUUUGGUGAACUCAGAGAACUGUCCGAUCGUAUUUUUCUAACAGCUUUCAGUGGGUAAGGUAGCUUGAAGUAUUCCAAGAGAUUCUCUGAUGAUUCUGUAGGAAAUCCCACAAUCGGAUACACUUGCCAGUGGAAUCAACCUUCUUUGAUGAUGCAAUAUCAUUCCGGAAACUAAUGGAGGAAAGCAACGAUCGAAAUUCUCCUUCAGCCAGGCCAGGUGGUAGUUUUAAAUCGACUCUGUCUGGAAGAUCGACUCCACGAAACUCUCCGUCAUUUCGCCGACUAAAUUCUGGCAGAACACCAAGAAGAGAAGGCAGAAGUAGUUUUGCUAGUUCCCUGAGGCUUCGUGGCAAUCGAUUACUGUUAUGGUUGUUUCUCAUUACCCUCUGGGCUUAUCUUGGAUUUCUUGUUCAGUCCAGGUGGGCACAUAGUGAUAAGAAGGAUGAAUUUUCGGGCUUUGGAAUUGGAGGCAGGUUAAGUGACCCAAAUUCAGAUGUUGAGUGGAGUAGGCAUCGUGAUGUUGAACAGAGGAGGCGUCGUGAUUUGAUUGCUAGUGAUAGUUUCUUAUCUCUUAAUAAUGACACAGUUAAACAUGAGGUGUGGGAUGGUAAAAAAAUGACAGUGGCUUUGGCCCAGAAAGAAGAGGGUGUUCCAUCUCCUCGCAAAACAAGCUCCAAGAAGAGUAGACGUUCACGAUCUAGAGGUAGAGCACGUCGUAAGCUGAAACCAACAGUGGAAGUUGAGAACAGUGAUAUAGAGGAGCAAGACUCAGAAAUUCCUAAAAGGAAUACUACCUAUGGAUUGCUUGUUGGUCCGUUUGGCUUGACAGAGGAUAAAAUUCUGGAAUGGAGUCCCGAGAAGCGUUCUGGAACCUGUAACAGGAAGGGGGACUUUGCUCGUCUUGUUUGGUCCAGGAGAUUUAUCUUAAUAUUCCAUGAGCUUUCUAUGACUGGAGCUCCACUCUCUAUGAUGGAGCUGGCGACAGAGCUUUUAAGCUGUGGGGCUACUGUCUCUGCCGUUGUGCUUAGCAGGAAGGGUGGCUUGUUGCCAGAGCUAGCUAGGAGACGAAUCAAGGUGCUUGAGGACAGAGCAGACCACAGCUUUAAAACUGCAAUGAAGUCUGAUCUAGUCAUUGCUGGAUCAGCUGUUUGUGCUUCAUGGAUCGAACAAUAUAUUGAACAUUUUCCUGCUGGUGCAAGCCAAGUUGCUUGGUGGAUUAUGGAAAACCGACGGGAGUACUUUGAUCGUUCAAAGGCUGUCCUGCACAGAGUAAAACUGCUGGUAUUCCUUUCUGAGUUGCAAUCUAAGCAGUGGCAAAAAUGGUGCGAGGAAGAAAACAUAAAACUGAGAUAUCAACCUGCACUGGUUCCGUUGUCCUUGAAUGAUGAAUUGGCUUUUGUGGCUGGCAUUCCUUCUACACUUAAUACUCCAUCCUUCAGUGCUGAGAAAAUGUUAGAGAAAAGACAAUUGUUAAGAGAUACAGUCCGAAAGGAAAUGGGCUUGGCUGAUAAUGAUAUGCUUGUGAUGACUUUGAGUAGCAUAAACCCAAGUAAGGGUCAGCUGUUGCUUCUUGAAUCCGCAAGCACAAUAUUAGAACAUGGACGGUUGCAAGAUAACAAGACCAUGAAAAAAUCAUCAGAUGUGGGAAGAGGUCUAUCUACCCUGGCUAGAAGACAUCAUAUAAGAAGUUUGAUGCAAUUGUUGAAUGCUGACGACAGAGAUUUGCAUGAUAUCUCAAGCAUGUCUUUGAACAGUGCCAGAAGGAAGGCGUUGUCAAACAAUGAAACGCCCUUGGAGCAAUCUCUUAGAAUUCUUAUUGGUUCUGUCGGAAGUAAAAGUAACAAAGUGGAUUACGUUAAGAGUCUUCUGACUUUCUUAUCUCAGCAUUCAAACUUGUCAAAGUCAGUUUUGUGGACUCCAGCAACAACACGUGUUGCCUCACUUUAUUCUGCUGCAGAUGUUUAUGUUAUAAAUUCUCAGGGACUGGGAGAAACGUUUGGGCGGGUGACUGUAGAAGCAAUGGCAUUUGGUCUUCCGGUGCUUGGAACAGAUGCUGGAGGAACACGAGAAAUUGUUGAGCACAAUAUUACUGGUCUUCUUCAUCCUACCGGACAUCCAGGGAAUCCGAUCCUUGCACAAAAUCUCCGGUUUUUACUUGAAAACCGGUCAACAAGGGAACAAAUGGGAAUGGAGGGAAGAAAGAAAGUGCAGAGGACGUACUUGAAGCAGCAUAUGUACAAGAGUUUCGUAGAGGUUAUUGUCAGGUGCAUGAGAAGCAAAUAACUGCGCCUUGUGCUUGCACUUUUCUCAUUCUUUUAUUGGAUUCAUAUGAAAUGAUCUCGUGAGUUACUAAAGAGCAUAAACCUUUUUCUCCUGCCCGGAAGUAUCAGAAAGAGAUCGGCUUCUCUGAUUGUAUUUUUCAGGAAUAAUAUGUUUUAUGCCUUUUUGAGGAGCAAAAUAUUUUGACGUUGGACUUGAUUAAAUUAGUGGUUUUUUGGAAAUGAGGGAAAUUAAUCAAAGUAUAAGAAA